AUGAGGUUCACGCGGCCAUGGCUCGCAGUGGCGGGUCUGAGCUUGCUAUCUGCUUCCGCUUCUGCCUCUGCCAAAGUACAGCAAACAACAUUCGAAGUUGAGAGAACGGUGUCGGAUGGCUUCACUCACAAGCACGAAGCAGGAAGGUGUGCCAUCCGUGGACACUGUGGCAAGCAAGGUUUCUUCGGCUCAGAUCUGCCAUGCCCCGACAAUGGCUUGGCCGAGGAGCCUACCGACAGCACACGCAAGACGCUUAUGUCUAUAUGUGGUGACAAGUGGGCUGAAGGCCCUGUGUGUUGCACUGAUGAGCAAUUGGGUGCACUUAGCUCGAACUUGAAGCGUGCCGAAUCCAUCAUCGGCGCAUGCCCUGCUUGCAAGGACAACUUCUUCAACCUCUUCUGUACCUUUACCUGCUCUCCGGACCAAUCCCUCUUUGUCAACGUCACAAACACUGUUCCCAAGGGUGACAAGCUGCUGGUUACCGAACUCGACCAACUCAUCUCGAAGGAGUAUGGGACUGCUUUCUACAACAGCUGCAAGGACGUUAAGUUUGGAGCCACAGGAGGCAAGGCCAUGGAUCUGAUUGGUGGUGGUGCAAAGAACUACACUCAGUUCCUCAAGUUCCUAGGCGACAAGAAGCCAUUCGGCAGUCCCUUCCAAAUCAACUUCCCCACUCCCAGCGAGGCAGAUUUCCCUGGCAUGGAGCCAGGCUCCGACAAGGCACAUCCUUGCAACAGCACCGACGAGAGAUACAAGUGCGCUUGCGUAGACUGCGCCGCUUCUUGUCCCGAAUUGCCUUCAGUCAAGGAAGCUCACGAGUGUAAGGUCGGUGUUUUGCCGUGUUUGUCCUUCGCUGUCAUCAUUGUCUACUCUGUUUUCUUGUUCCUCCUCAUCCUGGCAGUCUCCGGCCAUGUCGCGUAUGCUAAGCACACCAAGAGCCGUAACGAACGCUUGAGAUUGCUGCAGGACGCUUCACCCAGCGACGAUGAAGAUGAGGGCGAUAUUGUACACCAGGCUGGCCUUCUUGAGAAACCUACCAGAAACUACCCGCUGAACACAGUCUGUGACAGAAUUUUCUCUCGUCUCGGUCGAAAUGCUGCCACAUUCCCUGCCAUCACCAUCAGCUCCUCAGUCAUCAUCGUCGCAUUGCUGAGUCUGGGUUGGAUGCGCUUUACUGUCGAGACCGAUCCCGUCAAGCUCUGGGUCUCUCCUGACUCUGAAGCUGCAAAGGAGAAGGCCUUCUUUGACAAGUCAUUUGGUCCAUUCUUCAGAGCCGAACAAGCAUUCCUAGUCAACGACACUCUGCCUACUGGCCCUGGCCCUGUUCUGUCCUACGACACACUCGACUGGUGGUUCGAUGUUGAAAACCGAAUCCGCAGAAUGAAGUCUAUCAAUGGUGGUUACACCCUCGAUGACGUCUGCUACAAACCCACUGGUGAUGCUUGUGUUGUCCAGUCUUUGACCGGUUAUUUCGGUGGUGACUUUGAUGGCCUCGAUCCUGAUUUGUGGGCCGAGGAUCUUGAGGCUUGCGCCGACACCCCUGUCAAUUGUUUGCCCGACUUCCAGCAACCGCUCAACCCUCGUUACCUCUUCGGUGGCUACAACGGCAGCGUCAUCAACUCUACUGCUAUCGUCGCCACAUGGGCCGUCACCAAUCAUGCCGAGGACACUUUCGAACUCGAGAGAGCCAUGGACUGGGAGGAGAGUCUCAAAGGACUCUUGCUCACAGUCCAGGAGGAAGCCUCGGAACAUGGUCUCCGUCUGUCUUUCAACACUGAGAUCAGUCUGGAGCAGGAGCUCAACAAGUCUACUAACACUGAUGCCAAGAUCGUUGCUGUCAGCUACUUGAUCAUGUUCUUGUACGCAUCCAUUGCUCUAGGCGCCACUACUCUGACAGUCAGAGAUGUACUAAACAACCCUGCGAACGCCCUCGUUCAGUCCAAGUUCAUGCUUGGCGUUGUUGGUAUUCUGAUUGUACUCAUGUCUGUCUCGGCAUCAGUGGGUCUUUUCGCUGCCGCUGGUGUCAAGGCGACUUUGAUUAUCGCCGAGGUCAUCCCAUUCCUGGUGCUUGCAGUUGGCGUUGACAAUAUCUUCCUUAUCGUCCACGAGUUUGAGCGUGUCAACAUCAGCCAUGCCGAUGAGCCAGUCAGUGAGAGAAUUGCAAAGGCUCUUGGUCGUAUGGGUCCCAGUAUCCUCCUGUCUGCCACUACCGAAACUGUCGCCUUCGCUCUUGGAGCUGCUGUCGGUAUGCCUGCUGUACGCAACUUCGCCGCUUAUGCGGCUGGAGCUGUCUUCAUCAACGCCAUCUUGCAAGUCACCAUGUUCAUAUCAGUUCUUGCGCUCAACCAGAAGCGUGUUGAGGCUGGCCGUGCAGACUGCUUCCCCUUUAUCAAAGUAAAGGGUGCUGACUCGAACUCGAUGGCCAUCGCCGGUAUGCCUGGCUUGGCGGGCAUUGAGGAAGAAGGUUCGCUCCAACGCUUCAUUCGCAAGACGUAUGCUCCUGCUCUACUAGGAAAGAAAACCAAGACCGCCGUCAUUACUAUCUUCCUCGGUUUCUUCACUAUUGGUCUUGCUCUGCUACCUAAUGUUGAGCUUGGACUUGACCAACGCAUUGCUAUACCUUCCGACUCGUAUCUUAUCAAGUACUUCGAUGAUCUUUAUGACUACUUUGAGGCUGGACCACCAGUCUACUUCGUCACCAAGGAUCUGAACGCGACAGCUCGCCAGCAUCAGCAACAGAUUUGUGGUCGCUUCUCCACCUGCGAGGAGUUCUCUCUUGCAAACAUUCUCGAGCAAGAGCGUAAGCGUCCAGAGAUCAGUUACAUCUCUGACUCCACCGCCAGCUGGAUUGACGACUUCUUUUUCUGGUUAAACCCUUCGCUCGAAGAGUGUUGCGUUGAUGGAUCUCAUACUUGCUUCGAGAACCGCAACCCUCCAUGGAAUGUUACCCUUCACGGUAUGCCCGAGGGUCAAGAAUUUGUCUCGUAUCUUGAGCGUUGGCUUCAAGCACCUACCACCAGUGAAUGUCCAUUGGCUGGCAAAGCCGCAUAUGGUAAUGCUCUCGUAGUUGACAACAGCAGUCUGAGCAUCCCAGCCUCGCACUUCCGUACAUCACACACGCCGAUGCAUAGUCAGAGCGACUUUAUCGCAGCCUACAAGUCCGCUCGCCGCAUCGCAAACGACAUUACAUCUCGUACCGGUGUAGAAGUCUUCCCUUACAGCAAGUUCUACAUCUUCUUUGACCAGUAUGUCUCGAUCGUACGCCUCUCCGGUGCGCUUAUCGGAGGCGCUCUGGGUUUCAUUCUCGUGUUGAGCAGUGUUCUACUCGGAUCUCUUGCUACCGGUCUUGUUGUAACCGUGACCGUCGGUAUGACCGUUGUGGACAUUAUCGGCACCAUUUCCCUGGCCGGUGUCUCGCUCAAUGCUGUCUCUCUGGUCAACCUCAUCAUCUGCGUUGGUAUCUCGGUUGAGUUCUGUGCUCAUAUCGCACGCGCAUUCUCGGUACCCUCCCCAUCUCUUCUCGAGCGCUGCCACAGCUUCCGUGGCAAGGACGCACGCGCUUGGGCUGCUCUUGUCAACGUUGGCGCCUCAGUCUUCUCUGGCAUUACAGUUACCAAACUUCUUGGUGUCUUUGUACUCGCCUUCACUCGUAGCAAGAUCUUCGAGAUCUAUUACUUCAGAGUCUGGUUGGCACUCGUCAUCUGGGCUGCUCUGCAUGCACUAGUUUUCCUGCCAGUCGCUUUGAGCUUCUUUGGUGGAGUUGGCUACGCAGACCCUGACGCAGAUGGUGGUCUUGAGCAGGACCUUGCUAGCAGACGUUACCGCGCUAUGAUGCCGGAUGAGGAAUACUACUCGGACGAGUACUAG